GCCCGGGGGCUCCGCAUGCUGCAGCUGCCCCCGGGCGCCCCCGCCGCCGCGAGCCGCGGAGCCGCGCGGAGCCGAGCCCGCGAGCUAACCCGAGCCAGUGGCCCGGAGCCAGCCGGCGGGCGUCCCGGAGGCGGCGGCGCAGGGAGGGGCCCGGCGCGCGCGCACGUGGCCCCGGCCGCCGCCAUGGCGGACAGCGGCCCCGCGGGGGGCGCGGCGGUGGCGGCUCCGGCCCCCGGACCGGGCAGCGGCGGCCCAGGGCCCCGCGUCUACUUCCAGAGCCCCCCUGGGGCCGCCGGCGAGGGCCCGGGCGGCGCGGACGACGAGGGCCCCGUGCGGCGCCAAGGAAAGGUCACCGUGAAGUACGACCGCAAGGAGCUCCGCAAGCGCCUCAACCUGGAGGAGUGGAUCCUGGAGCAGCUCACGCGGCUCUACGACUGCCAGGAGGAGGAGAUCCCAGAGCUGGAGAUCGACGUGGACGAGCUCCUGGACAUGGAGAGUGACGAGACCCGAGCGGCCAGGGUCAAGGAGCUGCUGGUCGACUGUUACAAACCCACCGAGGCCUUCAUCUCUGGCCUGCUGGACAAGAUCCGGGGCAUGCAGAAGCUGAGCACACCCCAGAAGAAGUGACGCUCCCCGACCCGGGCGAACGGUGGCUCCCACGACAAUCGCUGCCCCCGACCUCGUAGCAACAGCAAUACCGGGACCCUGCGGCCAGGCCUGGCGCCAUGAGCAGGGCUCCCCGUGCCCCUGGCCCAGGGGCCUCCUCCCAACCCCUCGGUUUUCCAUUUUUGGGGUUUUUUAUUGUUAUUAUGCUGACGGGACUUUUUGUGUUUUUAUAUCGACGCUGCGGCGCGGGCCCUUUAAUAAAGCUAGGGUAAGCCUUUGGUGCAA